UCCACUCACUCUGUCCAGCAACCAGAAGGAACUGUUGCUUAACAGGCAAACACUUUAAAGCUCAGCGGGGAGUUAAUCUGGAAUAAUGUGCAGUCGCUGAGAGUGAGAGCGGAGGACGCACAAAUAUUGAAGAAAAAAAGUGGAAUUCUUGAGAGGGAUUUGACGAGGAUCGCUGGAAAAUCUACUGGAUUUGUUAGCUUAAAAUAGCCCACACUGGGUAGUCUGACGGGGGGCUUAAGCCAUGGAUUCAUGGCUGGUGCACAGAGAUGGAUGUUCCUAACAACUUCUAUGUAAGGGGUUUUCAUUAUAUCAGACUCUUUUAUUUAUGAAACUAUGGGUCAGGGACAGAGCGGCACAGAGAAAGAGGUGACUCUUCAGAACAUCCAGCAGCUCUACCGCAAGUUUGCCAGAGAAUGCCCGAGUGGAAACCUGCACCUGCAUGAAUUCAAGAAGAUCUUUGGAGUCAACAGCAGAUCCUCUGAAGAAGAAUCUGCUUACAUGGACAAUCUGUUCCGAUCAUUUGAUACCAAUAAGGACGGUCACAUCGACUUCCUGGAGUAUGUAACAGCGGUGCAUCUUGUUCUUCGAGGGAAACUGGAGGACAAGCUGAAGUGGUCUUUUAAAGUUUACGACAGAGAUGGAAACGGCUGCCUGGACAGACAAGAAGUACGACACAUAGUCAAAAUCAUCCACAAGAUAAAGAAACACAACAACCCGAGCGUCACGGACACAAAUGUUGAAGAUGUUUGUGACAGAAUAUUUGAACUGGUGGACAAGAACAGAGACAGUCGGAUUUCUUUAGAGGAAUUUAUCGAGGGCGCUGAAAAGGACCCGUGGCUGAUGGAUCAGCUCAAACUGGACAUCGGGCCCUGUGAUUGGUUCAUGGAGCAGCAGGAGAAGACACCGUGAUGAUAAAUGACUGGACUUAAAGAGACAGUAAUACGCUGCCUUACGUUUUUUUUUUUGUUCACU